AUGGCAUACUCAUCUGGAUCAUCAUCUGGCAACCACACUGUUCUCGCUACUAGGAAUCGUGACAACGACCUGUGUGCUUGGCGUCAUCCAAAGUUAAGCGUAGAAAGGAUGUCGAUGUCAGAUAAGAAUCUAGGUCGCAGAUUUCGCAACUGCGUUGACUCUUUGGUGGAGAUGGCAGCUGAGAAGUGUAAAUACUUCAAGUGGAUCGAUGAUGAGCUGAAACCACACUAA